AUGGUAACAAGAAAAAGAUUGACUCAAUUCCUUGUUUCAAAUGGGUAUAAAAGAGGAGGAGUAGAUAAAACUCUUUUCAUCAAAAAUGUUGAUUCUGAUAUUGUUAUUGCUCAAAUCUAUGUUGAGGAUAUUGUUUUUGGCCCUACUUCUAACACUUUAGUGCAGGAAUUUGUCAAACAAAUGACGAAUGAGCUUGAAAUGAGCAUGGUAGGUGAGUUAACCUAUUUUCUAGGUUUGCAAGUCACACAAUCAGAAGAUGGAACCUUGAUUUCUCAAAGUAAGUAUGCAAAAAAUUUGGUCAAGAAAUUUGGGAUGGAGUCUGCCAAACACGCCAAAACACCAAUGGGAACCACAGUCAAACUAACCAAGGAUGAAAAUGGCGUUAAAGUAGAUCCAACAUUGUACAGAAGCAUGAUUGGAAGUCUUCUGUAUCUCACAGCCAGUCGUCCUGAUAUAAGCUACAGUGUGGGGGUAUGUGCUCGAUAUCAAGACGAUCCUAUGGAAUCACAUGUGACAGCUGUAAAGUGA